GAGCGAUCACUGGAUCCUACAAAGGCCUUAUCCUUAUGUUCUUGUUCCAAUCCAGCUGUACAAUGCUUACCCAUCUCUGGGAUUUCUGAUUCCGAGCCGCAGGAAGAUUAUUCAAAAUCUCGUGAAGGUGCAUGAAAUCUUUGAAGGUUUCUUCAAAGCUGCCAAAGAGACGUUGAGUGAGAACAGCAUCCAGACACUCAGCGAGGCCUUAAUUCUGAGGCAUCAGCAGGAGCUGGGAGGUGAAGAUUUAGAGAGUAAGAAAAAGGAUAUCGUGGUUACAAUCACUGACCUGUUUGGUGCUGGCACAGAAACCACCUCCACUACCAUCUGCUGGGGACUUCUUCUGAUGGUAAACUACCCAGAAAUCCAGAGUAAGGAAUCCUUCACUCUGU